AUGGUGAAUUCUUCGUUAUCGGUCGUAUCCCUGAAUGUGGAUGGCAUGAGAGAUCCUAAACGUCGUCGUUUAAUGUUUGAUUAUCUAAAUCGUUAUGAAUAUGAUAUAGCAUUGUUGCAAGACACCCGGAUACUCAACAAUCGGGAAUGCAUGCAGUGGAAUGCUGAAUGUCGAUGUCGAGGAUUUUGGAGUGUUGGAACUGUUCAUAGUCGGGGUGUUGGUAUCUUAAUCCGUGAUCCUGCGAAAUUCGAGGGUAUCUCGUUUGAUGUUGACUUUGACGGUAGAGUGUGUGUUUGCGAUUUGACUUUUAAUGGAACACCUUUGCGGGUUGUCAGUUGCCGUUGGUACAGAUCGGUUGACUUUCUUGUCGCAGCUGGACAAAUAUUUGUUAACCCGCCGUAA